UCAACCAACAAAAAGCGCGUCGGGACCAAUUCGGGCAGUCACCAAUUGCUGCUAGCACUGUUCGCUCGAGUACAGCGAAACAGGGCUCCUUGCUGUUAAGCGAAGAGAAUACGGCCGUAAGCAUUGACAUGGCCGCAAGUGAUACAACACCAUUGCUGGGUGCAGUCUGAGGUAGUGGAAUUCAGACGCAGCAGCAGAUUGCAUUAUAUGAUGACUCCGAUAGUUACGUGCAACAGCGGGCUGAGACUAUGCAGAACAUUGAAUCGACUAUUGUCGAGCUAGGCGGUAUAUUUCAACAAUCAGCACAUAUGGUUAAGGAGCAAGAGGAGAUUGUGGAGCGUAUCGAUACAAACAUACAAGAUGCCGAAUUGAACAUAGAAGCGGCGCAUGGUGAAAUAUUGAAUUUUCCUUAUAUAAUAACGAAUAUGUUUGUGACACGGCAAGAUUUUAACAAGUUCAGAUGCGCGGUCUUAAAGUUGUGGGUUUUUAAAUACAUAAAUAUAUAAUAUCCUAUUCAUAUACAUACAUAUAAAAAACACUAAUGUAAUAAUGAAAUUAAGUCUUAUAUGCCACGUGAAACACGAUAGCUUUUAGAAGCAGUCACGUAGGGUUAGACACUAAUUCUGCCAAUAAUAAAAUUACUUCACUUAGUUUCACUUUUUUUCAAAAUUAGUAGAGAUGAUCCUGUGUAAUAAAGAACCGAUUUAUGUAAUCAUAAAUAUAUAAAGAAAAGUUUAAAGCUAAAUAAAAUAGAAAUUGUUAUUGGCAAUAAGUACAUGUGCUUGUUUAUUAAUAAUUCAAAUAUUAUGUUCAAACAAAUUUAAGUGAAAGGUAUGCAAUUUCAAGAAAAAAGCAAUUGCUUAGUUUUUAUCCAUACGGCUUAACAUUUCCGGUAGGAAGCAGAAGGUCAGUAUGUAUAAAUAAAAAGCUUUAUCAAGGGAACGUGUUAUAUUUUCAAAUAACAAAUAAAUAAAAAAUACAUCGUAAUGAAAUGUUGCCGUUUAUUGCAUGUGAUCUGAUGCCGGAUUCAAUUUAUAGGUUCUCGUAGGUAGCUCGUUCUCGAAGUCAUCAGUGGUGAAGUGUUUUACACAGAUGACGCUGGUUCGGGCGUUGAAAUCCGUUGGUCUCCGGCAGAACUGGAUCCACUUUUCAACCAACUCAAUGUCGGCCAGAAAAGUAAAAAAAACUGCACCCAGAUCCUUUGGCACUAACACUAGCACAAUUAACCACUGCACACCUCAUUUUUUUCUUUAAUUUAUAACUUUUUUAUAAGUUUUCACAAAAAACAAAACAACGCUCAAAAUCUUUCCAAUUUGUAAAUUUGUGAAGUUGAAAUAACCUAAAAUGUCACGAACCAGAAAAUGUAAACAAAAGUAUUGUGUGACGUCAGCGAAUGGGUGGAUGCUGUCAAAUCGACGAAGGGAGGGUUAGCGGUCCGCGAAUGGCGCGACCU